AAAAUCUGUACCAUGGACCUUCUUUUACUUGUGAUUUUCAUUUCUCUGGUCUUUCCAGUUCCAUAGUCCCUCUCUUCACUUCUAUUGCUCUUCUUCUCAAAACCUUGUUCUCCAGAUCUCUCUAAAAUCUUUCUCGCUAGCUCUCCUUAAAAACGAAACAAAACCCUAAAAUUCAUUCAUAUAUUUGCAAUUAGAUCUGAAAUCAAACGAAAAGCUUCAAAUUUCACAUUCUAAUGGCUUCCCCAAAUCCACAAUUUGACAUGCACAAAUUUUUCAUGCCAACAACAACAGCAAACCAAAACCAAAACCCAACCCCAAACCCUUCAAAUCCUAAUCUCAUGAUUCCACCUCCAUCUUCAAUUCCUUCUUCUUCUUAUCCUCCAACUACUGGAACUAACUUUCCUUUCCAAUUCCCUCAACAAUUCCACCAUCUCCCUUCAUAUCCUCCUCCUCCUCUCACCAAUGUGCCGCCGCAGCGUUCUCUUUCUUAUCCCACGCCUCCUCUUCAACUGCAACCACAGCCGCAACCCCAGCAGCAGCAGCAACAGCAACAGAACCCUUCUUCUCGUAACAAUAAUGAGCGCAGUGGGGCUGAAAUCAUGGCCCUUCUCCGCCCCACUCCUCCGCCACAGCAGGAACCGUCACCGCCGCCUCAAUUAAACCAGCAUCCGCCGGAAUUUUCUGGUGGAAACAAUGUUCCGCCUGUGGGACCCAUUAGGAUGCCGAGCAGUAAGAUGCCUAAGGGCAGGCGGAUUACGGGUGAUAAUGUGGUGUACGAUGUGGAUGUGAGGUUGCAAGGGGAGGUGCAGCCUCAGCUUGAGGUCACGCCCAUAACUAAAUACACUUCGGAUCCUCAGUUGUGCUUGGGAAGGCAAAUUGCUGUUAAUAAGUCUUAUAUUUGUUAUGGGUUGAAGCAGGGGAAUAUUAGGAUUCUUAACAUAAAUACUGCCUUGAGGUCCUUGUUUCGCACCCAGUCUCAGAGGGUCACUGACAUGGCUUUCUUUGCUGAGGAUGUCCAUCUCUUGGCUAGUGCUGGCAUAGAUGGACGGAUUAAUGUCUGGAAAAUUUCUGAAGGUCCAGAUGAGGAAGAUAAGCCACAAAUUACAGGAAAGGCUGUUAUUGCCAUUCAAAUAGUCGGAGAGGGAGAAAUUAAAAAUCCACGAGUUUGUUGGCACUGCUACAAACAAGAAAUUUUGGUGGUUGGGGUUGGUAAGCGUGUUCUUAGAAUCGACACUAACAAAGUUGGAAAGGGUGGAGUCUAUUCAUCAGAGGCACCUCUAGAAUGUCCUGUUGACAAACUGGUUGAUGGUGUCCAAUUGGUUGGAAAACAUGACGGAGAGGUGACUGAUUUAUCAAUGUGCCAAUGGAUGACCACUCGUUUAGUUUCUGCUUCUAUGGAUGGCACGAUUAAAAUUUGGGAGGAUCUCAAGGCAUUACCCCUUGUAGUAUUAAAGCCUCACGAUGGCCUUUCUGUUUACUCAGCUACGUUCUUGACCGCUACCAGCAGGCCAGAUCACAUCAUACUUAUCACAGCGGGUCCCCAAAAUCGGGAAGUGAAAAUUUGGGUCUCAGCCAAAGAAGAGGGCUGGCUCUUGCCUAGUGAUUGUGAUUCAUUGAAUUGCAUCCAGACUUUAGAGCUGAAGAAUUCAGAUGAAACUCGAGUAGAAGAGACAUUCUUCAAUCAAGUUGUAGCUCUGUCCCAAGUGGGCCUCCUCUUACUUGCAAAUGCUAAGAGGAAUGCCAUAUAUGCUGUGCACUUGGAUUAUGGUCCUACCCCGGCAGCAACCCGUAUAGAUUACAUAUCAGAAUUCACUGUUACCAUGCCUAUCUUGAGUUUAACAGGGACUAGUGAUGUUUUACAUGACCAGUAUGUUGCUCAGAUUUAUUGUGUCCAGACACAGGCUAUCCAGCAAUACACUUUGGAGCUAAGCCAGUGCUUGCCUCCAUUGUUGGAUAAUGUGGGUUCAGAGAAAUUGGAUUCUAAUGUUUCACAUGAUCUAGCUAAUGUUGAAGGAGUUGCUGCUUUGGACUCGCGUGGAAGCAACUUUUCUGACAUCCCUGUAAGCUCUACUUCGGUUGAAGCGGCUUCUUUGCCAGACAUUCCCUCUACAAGUAUUGACUCUAAACCUCCUGCUUUAACCCCUUCAAUUAGUGAUGCUGACAUAUCUUGUAUUUCAUCAUCUCCCCCUUCCUUGACCCACAAUGAUUUUUCUGAGCUUACAGAUGCAGCGAGGCUUGAACAAGGCCCUCCACCUAGUGACCAGAGUGUAAAUCAGCAAGUUACUGAUUAUUCAGUUGACCAGCAAAUGGAGUCUAUUCGCACAAACUUAUCGGAUGUUCCUUCCUUAGAUAUUGACUCCAGGAAUGAUGAGACAAAAGGUACACAAGAAGAUAAUUCUGGCAUGCUUAAUCGACCAAUCACAUUUAAACACCCAACACAUCUGAUAACUCCUGCUGAGAUCUUAAUGGGUGUUCCAUCUCCUAAUAAUAAUAAUGAAGUCAAGACUGAGGUUGAAGCUAAUAUUCAGGAUGUGGUUAUCAAUAGUGAUGUCAGUAAUUCAGAGGUGGAGGUUAAAGAAGUUGGUGAAAUGAAAUCUACUCAGAAUGAUGAAUUUGGCUUCCGAGGAGAAUCUAAAAAUCUUAUGUCAGAAAAUAAGGAGAAGUUCUUUUGCUCCCAGGCUUCAGACCUUGGUAUUGAGAUGGCCAGGGAGUGUAGUGCUAUAUCAGCAGAAACUUAUUCUUUGGAGGAGCCUCAGCAAGUUGAUGUCGCUGGUGUAGCUGAGUUUCAUGCCCAACAUUCUCAUACAAGUGAGGAAGUUAAUGACUCCACAAAAGCCUUAUCAGAGAGAGUUUCUGAAUCAACCGUACCUGCAAUAGUUCAGCAAUCAACAACUCCAAGUACAAAGGGGAAGAAACAGAAGGGGAAAAUUUCUCAAGCAUCAGGUCCAUUAUCUCCAUCACCAAGUGCUUUUAAUUCGAUAGAUUCUUCCAACGAACCAGCUGGGCAUUCAAGUCUCCCUUCUUUGGAAGCUGCCUUUCCUCAACUUUUUGCUAUGCAAGAUAUGCUUAAUCAGCUAUUGACUGCACAAAAAGACAUGCAGAAGCAGAUGUCAAAUAUGGUUGCUGUCCCUGUUUCAAAAGAAUGUAGAAGACUGGAGGCAGCUUUAGGGCGGAGCAUUGAGAAAGCUGUUAAGGCAAAUACUGAUGCAUUAUGGGCUCGGUUUCAAGAAGAGAAUGCAAAAAUUGAGAAGCUGUUGCGGGAUCGCACACAACAAAUUUCAAAUUUGAUCUCUAACUUUGUCAAUAAGGACUUGAUGGCCAUGCUAGAAAAAGCAAUGAAGAAAGAAUUAUCUUCGGUUGGACCAGGUGUAGCCCGUACACUGUCUCCAGUUAUAGAAAAGACAAUAUCUUCUGCUAUUGCAGAGUCAUUCCAGAGAGGUGUUGGUGAUAAGGCAGUGAAUCAACUGGAGAAAUCAGUUAAUUCAAAACUUGAAACAACUGUUGCUAGGCAAAUUCAAGCACAGUUCCAAAUUUCUGGAAAGCAAGCUCUCCAGGAUGCCUUGAAGGCAACUUUAGAAGCUUCGGUAGUCCCUGCCUUUGAGAUGUCAUGCAAAGCUAUGUUUGAGCAAGUAGAUUCCACCUUCCGGAAAGGGAUGGUUGAGCAUACAACUGCAGCUCAGCAGCAUUUUGAAUCUGCACAUUCUUCACUGGCUGUUGCUUUAAGGGAGGCCAUCAACUCAGCAUCAACGUUGACACAAACCUUGAAUGGAGAAUUGGCUGAAAGUCAAAGGAAGCUGUUAGCUCUUGUGGCUGUUGGUGCAAACUCAGGUUCAGCAAAUCCACUUGUUACGCAACUGAGCAAUGGACCUUUGGCUGGCCUCCAUGAUAAGGUUGAGACGCAUUUGGAUCCAACAAAAGACCUAUCGAGAUUGAUAUCCGAACGCAAAUAUGACGAGGCUUUCACUAUUGCCCUGCAAAGAAGUGAUGUCUCAAUUGUGUCAUGGUUAUGUUCUCAGGUUGAUUUGCAUGGGAUAUUAGCAACGGUUCCUCUCCCAUUAAACCAAGGAGUACUACUCUCUCUUCUACAGCAAUUGGCGUGUGAUAUUAGCAACGAUUCAGCUCGAAAGCUGGCAUGGAUGACAGAUGUGGCAGCUGCCAUAAACCCAGCAGACCAAAUGAUUGCAAUGCAUGUAAGGCCAAUUUUUGAGCAAGUAUAUCAGAUCCUGCACCAUCAACGGAGCUUGCCUGCCAUUACUGGUGCUGAACUCUCAACGAUCCGUGUUCUUAUGCAUGUCAUCAACUCAAUGCUUGUGACUUGUAAAUGAUUCCUUCCCUUUUGAACCUGUGCUAAAUUUGAUAAGUUUUGAGCUAUUAGGAACGUUGUACAAAAUCUUUGGUGGUUCAUAGGAAAAGGUCUGUCUUUUUUUGGUUUUCUUUUUAGGGAAUUAUUACUAUAUUUCCCCUUCUUUGAAUAGAGGUUUAUGAAUUUAGAGUUUUCUUAGUUUCUAGAGAGAACAGUAUCAUCUGUCUAAUAGUUCAGGUUCGUCAGAUUUUCUCCUUUGUCCUCAUAGAUUAAAUGCAAAUUUUAGUCUUUAUUUUUCUAGAUUUCUUGGUUUAAAUGAGAUUGUGCUUUUCAGAAUAUGGUGCACUAUACAAACGCAUUUUAGAUAUAUUAGUUU